AUUGUCAAAACACCUUCAGUGUCACUCAGAGGAGAGACCCUUCCCUUGUCUCGAGUGUGGAAAGACUUUCAAGGCCAAUCGGUUUUUAAAGAAACACUUACAGACUCAUACAGGGGAUCGUCCUUUCCCCUGCUCCCAGUGUGGGAAGAGAUUUUCCAAGUCGACUGAUCUGACCAGGCAUAAUCGCAUACAUACAGGGGAGAGGCCACAUACGUGCUCUCAGUGCGGUAAAAGUUUCUUAACUUACUCCGAAGUGGUGAAACAUCAGCGGUACCACACUGGAGAACGACCAUUCAAAUGUGCGCAGUGUGGGAAAAGUUUUACCCAGUCCUGCUAUCUUACAGUACAUCAGCGGAUACACACAGGAGAGAAGCCCUACUCUUGCAGCGUGUGUGGAAAUCGCUAUAACAGCACCACUCCACUGAAGAGACACAUGCUCAGCCACACGGGAGAGAAGCCAUACGUGUGUACUGAAUGUGGGAAGGCUUACAACAGAUUGCAUCUUCUGCGGACACACCAGCGAACUCAUGCAGCAGUUGAGGCUGUUUGUUGAGGAUAUUGGUGUGUCAUUUGCUAUUCAUAUGUUGUAGUGUCUUUGGUGGAUCAUUCUUUUUUUUUUAUGAAAGUAAAACAGGACCUUUGUAUUAGAGGCCUGUAACAAGAGUUGAGCCUGAUAAUGUGAAUUGUUAAUUCUGUCCCGCUGUGCUUACUACAUACGCCCUCAAUUAAAACGAAACAUUGGAAUUUGGUUAUGUAUUUUUGAGAUGUGCUUUUUGCUGUCAGGAAUCAUACAUCAAAGGGCAUAUUAUUUUAUUUAGAUUACUUACCUUGUUUUGAUAUUAAAAAGAGUGAAGUAUUGCGCACCUUCCUUUGCAGAAUGAAGAGGACAGUUGCUACCGGCACACAUGACAUUGGGGCUGGUUGUUGAGGAGAGAUCCAGUUCUCAGUCUUUCUUCUCUGCACCUCCUGGUUCCACCCUUGCGGCUCCUGUCUGCUGCCAUGUGGCAGGUGGCUCAGCAAAGAGAUGUGAGGCACUAUGAGAAGCUGGAGGAGUUUGUGACUCUGGUGACAGAGGCCAUUCCAGAGCUGCUGAGCCACAGACAUAGAGCCCAGCUCAUUCUGGGUCUGAGAGCAAGGCUUGUUCUGGAGCUGUGCCGAGGCCCUGCUGACCCUCAAACCAUCCAACCUUACCUGGACAGAAUGCCCACUGUUACUCCAGGAUGCACAGGAUACAGAGAUGCAGAGGUGGAAGCAUCUGAAUCCAAUUUUGUGAUGCUUGUCCAAUCCCUGCUAAAGGACCCAGUCGAGAGGGAGUGCUUCUUUCAGGAGGUGUUCCCGGAACAAUAUGGCCAACAUUAUGACACAGCGGUGCAGACGUUAACAUGGGAGUUCCUCUCCAGACUGGAACAACUGUUUCCAGUACCAGACCUCAAGCAGACUGCGACAUGGCUCAGCUCUGCCCCUUCAGUCCUGGAGGAGUGUGUGCAGUCUACCCCAGAGAAUCUGAACCUCAUUCUCCAGCACCAUAAGAGUUUUGGACAUUUAAAAGUAUCUUCUGCUCUCUCCUCCAUGGGCGACAGCAUCCUCUCCUCUCUGUCCACCCCUAAAAUGGUGGUCAUCACUGAGCCGACCACUUUUGUCAUCCGGUCAGAGUCAUCACAUAACUCUGCAGACGUGCUGGGCCCCAUGUCUUUAGAGGACACUGAUGCUGUAGUAGUAACUGUUUACACUGAAGUGGAGGUUGGAACAGAGGUUGAAGAAGAGAUUGUAGAGACAAUGAACGAGGAAUACGUACCGUCGAACACCUCUCCACUGCGGGAGGAGGUGGUUGAACUUAAAGCUGAGGAUAUGAAUCUGGAGAUGACCGUCGUUGAACAAUUUGACUACGUGGGGGAGGAGAUGAGUGCAGCUGAGGAAGAGAUGGACACAGCGAGUGUUCCGGUGGAGCAAGCAGAUGAAGCCGUUAAUAUCAGUGAAGACAUUAGAACUGCGACAGAGACUGUAGCAGUCAAAAAGGAUGUCCAAGAUGAUCAGGAUGGCCAAUCGGAGACUGUGAAUGUAUGUGUGAACCAGGAAGGGAAGGACACGUCCCAUGGGGUCACCUUUCAAACCCAACAACCUGCGUCGUCAAAUGUGAGGCGGUCUACACGGCUGCAGUCGAAGACACCAAGAAAUUGGCGGAGGAAAGGGAACACAGAGAACAAGAACAAUGGUGAGGCCUCAAGCGUGGAUUACGUCAUUUUACCCAAGGGAAGAGAAGCCGGUGAAUCUGACAAGGUGACCCUCUUUACCUGCCCCAAGUGUGCCUACCACAGUCUGGAGGAAACGAGCCUUCACCUCCACAUGCAAAGCAUUCACACAGAGGAGUACAACAAGUUCAAUGCGUCUGGGAAAAACAGAGCAGAGGUUUCACCAUGUCCUGACAACACUGACCAGAUAUUCACAUCAAUCAAACCUCUCCUUUCUUCAAACCCCUUAAUAACCGAAAACUCUGAGAAUCAAACAGAUAAUGCUGGGACUCGCACCAAAGCAAAAGGCUACCAUAAGUCCCACACAUGCGCCACGUGCGGUAGGAUUUUCACUCGCUCGUCAGAUGUGAGGAGACACCAGCUCACCCACACGGGUGAGAGACCCUUCCACUGCUCUCAAUGCGACAGGACCUUCCAGCACUCGUGGGACCUGACCAAGCAUGAGAAGAAACAUGGUGGGACAUCCAUCUCUUUCCCCUGCCAGCAGUGCGGGAGCUCCUUUGCCAACCUCCGCUCUCUGACAGCCCACCACAGAAGUUCCCACCUGGGCGAGAGCGACCUGCCCCACCUCUGCUCAAUCUGUGGCAAGAGCUUCCCCUCCUCCUCGGAGCUGCUGGAGCACAGGAAGAGCCACGGGACCAGCCUCCAGUACAUCUGCCAGCCGUGUGGUGAAAGCUUCCACUCCCUGCUGGCUCGCUCCCAACACCGGCAGACCCACCUGGUAAAGCGGCAGUUCAAGUGCCCCCACUGCGACAAGAGCUAUACACGCAAAGCUGAUGUGAAGAGGCACAUGUUCACCCACAGCGGCGAGCGACCGCACCAGUGCAACCAGUGUGGGAGGUGCUUUUCCUUCCUCUUCCUGCUCAAGAAACACCAAAUAGUUCACACGGGCGAGAGACCUUUCCAGUGCUCCCACUGUCCCAAGAGGUUCACAUUGAUAUCCAUCCUGAGCAGACAUGAGAGAAUGCACACCGGGGAAAGACCCUUCCUCUGCUCUGUGUGUGGGAAGAGCUUUCUGUCCCAGGGGGAGCUGUCCAAGCACCACCGCUCCCACACUGAUGAGAGACCGUACGCUUGCAAUCAGUGUGACAAGAGGUUUAAGAGCAAAAAAUCCCAACAGGAACAUAUCAUAUCCCACACCGGCGUGCGCCCUUACCCCUGCUCUUAUUGUGGGAAAGGAUUCACCAAACCAUACGCUCUGACCAGGCACCAUCUCAUACAUACAGGGGAAAGACCAUUUUCCUGCACCCACUGUGGGAAGACAUUUCUCACCCCCGCAGAAGUACAACUACACAUGCGCAUUCACACAGGGGAACGCCCUUAUCCCUGCCCUGAUUGUCAGCUGAAGUUUAGGAGUUCGUCAGACUUGGCACGACACAAACGCUUUCAUACAGGGGUGCAGACAUUUGUCUGUAACCAGUGUAUGAAAAACUUUCCCACCUCAUCCAAACUGAAGAAACACAUGGAGAACCAUUCAGGGACAGAGGCUGUCCAGAGAUCAGACUUUGGAGAAAAUUCCAACCAAGCGUGAAUUAAGUGCAGUAGCACAUUGGCAAAAAUUGUAGACACUAUUAAAGCAAAUUUGCCUUCACAGCAAUUAUAUGCUACAAUGUCUCUGUAAAGGAUGAUAUUUCAACACCAUUAGAUCUCUAAAACUAUAAGAUAUAUUUUCAGUCUGGCUCAUGGCCAUUGAAAUAUAGCUGUCAAUUAUAAUGUUGUGUCUGAUCAAAGUGAGUAGCAACUCAAUCAUGUCCUUGACUUAUUUUAUUGUAAAACUAUUCAUGCUCAGCAUCUUGAAUGCAACAGUUUUAAACGGUAAAAUCAGUGCUGUGAUCAUCAAAUUAGUAGUCAGUCAUUUGCUGGUCUAUUGGACGCGCUGGUAAAUUAAAAUGUUUGUCAAUAACUUUUGAAGAAUGUCAGAGGAGUAAAAUGUUCUGUUACGUUAUUGAACCAGCCUUAGGUGGAUUAGGUCGAUGCCAACUUGUCUCCUUGUCUUGACAGUUUCCAGCACAAUAAAUGUAUUUUGUUCUA